UUUCCUAUCCCUCUCAACUCUAGAUCUCCUGGUCUGGUCUGCUCACCCUGCUCAUUGUCUGCUAUUGUUUAUUACGUGAUAGAUGACUCUACGGGUCCGAUUCCAGAUUUUCUGUCGCACUUAAAAUGGCUCGAAGUCAAACUGAUUUCUGUUGAAAUAAGCUGUGUUAAUUUUGGAGUUGAGACAAUUCCUUUUGUUAAAAAGAAUCAAUCAUAUGUUUAAAUUUUUUUAAGCUCCGUGAAAUUUUGUCAAUAUUCAUCAAAAUGGAUAUUGGAAUGGUCCCUGAUGAGGUUGAUGCAAGGACUAGCAACGUUGAGGCUGCAAACCUUCCUGACUUUGACAAACUGAAAGGAGAUGCCAUCGGGAGCACUUUAUACAGUGAAAGUGCUUUACUUAAAACAUUGAUGACCUUAUCGAAGGAAACUGGUGAUAAUUGGUCAGAGCAGAUGGAGGAGCAGCUUUGCUCUCUGUGGGACAUGACAUUUGAAGAAGAUGUGAUAACCCUUCUCAUGCAACAUGAUUUUGUUCAUCUUGCCUGCCAUGUUAUUCAAGUUACGUCGGAACCCAGACUCAUUGAGAUACUUGUUGGGGUAUUAGGAAACAUGACAGCUCUGAAGAGCGCUCGUCAGAGUUUGUCUCAAUCAAGCACAGCAGAGCAGUUGCUUUCAUUGCUUUCAUCUUCUGACACACCUACCUUACUACAGCUUGUUCGCCUUCUGAAUUCUUGUGUGUGGCAUGUCAAUAGAAUUUCCCACUCAUCUGACGGACAGGAUGAAGAUGAGCACUCAGAAUCACAGUCUGAAGUUGAUGUGUGGGUUGAACUCCUGAAAAACUCUGCAAUGUCUCUUAAUGAGAACUUAUCUUUCAUUCUGAGGAGCUCCACAAAUGAAGAGCUUUUGCAAUCAACAUUGGAACUUCUUAACAACCUGUGUUGCAUCACAUCAAAAAAUCAAUAUUUCAGCGCAUUUCUUUCUACCUCAGUUAUGUUGCAGGGUUUGAAUGAGGCUCUUCAUCAGUUACUCAAUGUUGGUAGCAGUCUUAGUGACACAAACAACAUAGUAUGGGAGGAUAAAAUUGAAAAAGCAGCUCAACACUGGUCCCAAACUUUGAGUACUUUCACAUUACAUGAGACAGGCAUUGUUCUCCUGAACGACCAAAGACAAAUCAUCAUGAGAAGCUUGUGCUGCAUUCUUGACCCUCUCUGCUCACAAGAAAACAUGUUCCCAUUGAACUCUGUUAAAUUAGAAGUCUUGGAUUCCCUUGUUGAUAUUCUCGAGUGUCUUAAAAAUAAACGCAGUUACUGUCCACCUGCCAUCCUUCCAAGACUGCUGACCAUACUUUCUCUUAUAUCACCUGUUAAAGAAUAUGAUGGAGAAACUGAAUGGAGGGGAAUGGAGAAUGAAGAAGAUUCAAAAAAACAUUCAGAAAUACUAAGAAGACUGCAUAAUUAUUGUUCAUCUGUGUUAAGUGAAAUUGAAACACCACAGUUUUUGGAGGGUUUUGGAGAUGAUUCAUUUUCUAAGGCUAAAAAAUUGUUAUCCAACUUACUGAAAUGUUCAGAUAGUAAUGUAGGUAGAAUUGUAGAUAUAAUUAAAAGGCAUCUGAAAUAACAAUUGGUUAAAUAAAUCAACUUAAAUAAAAAUAUUUUCUCCA